UUGGUGUACUAGCCCCUCCGUCAGAUAAAGGCCAGCUUGUGCAGCCCUUGGGGUCACAGAGGAGCUGCCUUUCAGGAAAGGUACUGAAGAGGCAGUUUGGUGACUGAUUGAGCCUCCAGAGGUGACGAUGAAGAGGAACAUGCUGUCACUAACCUACAGGGAUAUCCUCUGCACACUGUUUCUCUGCCUCACCUCCUCAGCACAGAAUCUACCCGGGAGGGACCCGAAUCUUGUGCAAUCUCUUUACAGUCGGCUUCCAGCCCAGGACCUGCCUGCCAUCCCAGAUGGAACUGAAAUUGCUGGGUUUCUCAUGAGAGAUAUCCCAAGGAGAUAUUAUUUCAUAGUGGAGGAGGACAUCUCUCCUGUGACAGUGACAGUCACACCAUGUGAAGCCCCUUUACAAUGGACCCUCGCUCUUCAAGUACUUCCGGACCAACCCCGCCGAGAGGGAUCAGGUGAGUCCGAGCAUCUUCACCUACAGAUGGAUCCCCAGCCUCCUGUCAGUGGAGAAAGUGUGGAAUUGUUUUCCUAUCGAGGUAAUGACGUUGAAUCUUAUGCUGCUGCUGAAAGUCCGGCUGGUAUCUACAGCCUGGAGUUGGUGUCCAUCGAGAGGGACACCAUUUUCAAUAUCUACGCCACAACCACCCCUGGAUCUGAUCAAGCGUACCCCAAACUACCCAGUGACCCGAGACUGGGUGUGACUUUUGUACGGCACACCAGCAUGUCCCUGGUGUGGAAGCCAAGUCCAACUAUCUCCUGCUUACAGCAGCCUGCUCAGUACUGUGUGGUCAUCAAUCGGGAGCACAAUUACAAAAGCCUCUGUGCUGUUGAAGCUAAACUCAGAGAAAGCACUCAUUCCAAAAGGGUGUGGUGGCCUGAUAUGGACCGGGGGAUGCCAGAGUCUCUGCGCCUCAAUGCUAUGGUCAAUCACCCAACCUUUAGUGCUCGGUCCACUACGUUCUCAGCCAGUCGCCAGGGAGAAAUUCGGAAAACCUGCACUGGGACCAAACAUGGCUUUACUGUGUCCCAGCUCAGGCCCAGCACCCAGUAUUAUGUAGAUGUCUUCAUUGUGAAUCUGCUGACCAACAUCAGUGCGGCCUACAUGGGGACGUUUGUGAAGACCAAAGAUGAGGUAAAACACAAUGUGUUGGAGCUGAAAGGUGGUCGAGUGAUGGAGAUCCCCAUCAAACCAGGUGCUUCCAGAAUCUUACAAUACAGACCAGCAUCCUCUCACUACGCGGUCACUGUCUCCCUUCAUUCCUGCUACCAGCCGGUCCAUGUCCAAAUCAGGCAGAACCGAAGGUUAGUGGCAAACCAGCAUGUGGAGGGAGUGAAACAUUUCCAAUUCGUCGGCAAGCCUAAAGCCAGGUACCAGCUCCGUCUCAAAGCCGACAAAACGGGCCGGACCUUACUGAAAGUUCACAUGACCACUCACCGUGACAAACAGCCCUUCCCCAGCCUGCCCCGAGACACCCGACUCAAAGUCUUCGACCGACUGCGGAGCUGCUCGUCUUUAACUGUCGCCUGGCUCGCCACGCGGGAGCCAAACAAAUACUGUGUCUACAGGAAGCGGGUCACGGACCGGGAGAACCCUAGCGAGCUGCAAAACCGUUGCCUCGAUCCAACAACACGGAGCAAGUCGGAGAAAGUGAGCUGCCAAUAUUUCAGCGGCUCGAGCCCUCAGAAGGCAGUGAUGACGGAACGUGUUGAGGGUCUGGAGCCUGGGACAACUUACCAGCUCGACGUCUAUGUGAUAGGCCAAGGGAGACAUUCAGUGAAGUACCAGAGCAAGAAAGUGAGAACGAGGAUGACAUGCUGAUGUACAGGAUAGUGAGGUCUUCACCCUCGUACUUUCCUCAGCCCUUCUUACCUUGAGGAAUUUCAAACCCCAGGUUUGGAAGGUUAGUGGGCUUGAUGAGGAGACCCUUGAGCCAUCUGCUUUAUCUUGUCCUAUCACCUGCUAUCUUCAAAUUCAGGCAGUGACCUUCCACCUUAGGUUAAGUCACCUAAGGGUCCUCUGUUCAGGAAAAGAGAGACAAAUAUUGUGCCAUAUCAUGAAGUGAUCUCGAUUUCACAUGAACAGAGAAACCUCAAGAAACACCAGUGUUUCCAACGAGACGUGUUCACCCAUCACCUCAAUCACUUGGUCAAGGGUUUACAGAAAAUAAAUAGACUGUGCAAUAAUUUAGGAGAGCCUUGCUUUGGUGUUGUGUACAACGAGUUGACAUUUUAUUAUGAACCUUCCUGAUUUAUUUUCUUUUGUUCUAGUUUUGAAGCUGGUGUUGGAGAUUGGGGUCCCGCUAAAGCUGAAUUAUCUUAGUAUUUACUGUGUAGCUUGAGAUUUCAUUUAAGUGCUGUUAAUGGGGUGGCGAGCGGGUGUUCAGCUCGGUGGGUGGGACAGUGGAUUCGCGACGGGUCAGUUCCUGCACCAGCUGAGGUCACCUUGAAGGUUCCACCUUCUCAAUCUCGCCCCUUGCCCUGAGCUGUGGUGGUGCUCAGACUCACCAGCAGUCCCCUCUCUCUCUCUCUCUGUCUGUCUCUAAUGAGAGAUCAGUCGACAGAGUUGGGAUGGCUACUCCUACAGCAGUUUUUUUAUUCAUUCAUGGGAUGAGAGUGUU